AUGAUUAUGAUAAAAUCUGAAAGUAAUCUGAAUCAUUUGAAGCUGGUAAUAUUUCUCUGGAUGCAAGCAUGAUUUGUAAUAUUUGCUUUAGAGCUUAGAGCAGCCCAUUCAAAUCGUUUGUUAGAAAAAAUCAUCCUCAACCUAUUCAGUACAGAAUUUUCAUUUCAUUGUAUACAGCCGGUGUAACAGUUGAACGAUUUUAAUCUACCUUAGUUGUGAACAAAAUGGAGAGAACGAGUGUAUUAAUUGUUUUCACUUUCAUUCCAUUUUUAUCUUCAGUUCUGGGAGCUAAUUUUUUGAUGAUGCAACAAUCAAUGCAAGGAACCCAAAUGCCCAUGAUUCAAUCAAUAGCUAGCGAGCUGAAGUUUUGCAUGGAUGUAAACGCUGAGCAGAAUAGCGAUGGACUUAACGACUACCUUCCACUGCUGUUUAAUGAAGAGUUGCCAUCUACCCUCGGUCAAAAGUGUUUCCUGACCUGUCUGUUCAACCGAUUUGGUUUGUUGAAAGAUGGAUUCCUCGACACGAAAACCGCAAAAAAUUUGGUGGAAACAUUUUAUGCAGACAAACAUGACGAAAAAACAAUGGCGAAUAUAGCUAUAAAUGUUUGCCACGUGGCAGCUGUGCCAGACGCUAUGAAUCCUUGUGAAAUCGGCUUCUCACUGAAGAGUUGUUUUGUGGAUAGCAAUAAGAAGGGCAAAGAAUUAAGAGGAAAGAACUGAAUCUUGGAUUUUGUCUAAGCACACAAGUUUGAAAUCAUUGAAAAAUGUUAAGACAUUGGAAGCAGUGAUGUUAUUUCUCAACUUAAUGGAAUAAAAUGAUUGUUCUCCAUACAAU